AUGCUCGCGAGAGGUAUUCGGCUCGCUGUUGUUCCAUCAAGAGCCUCAAUUGCUCUCUUCCACUGUAGUGCCGUUGAUGCAAGUGAUGUUCCAACUCCUUAUGUUUCUGGGUUAAAUGCUUCUUUCCGGAAAGGUAAAGGUGGCCGAGCUAGUUUUUCUGGCAAUAUAAUAACGGUUUUUGGGUGUACAGGCUUUAUAGGUCUUUCAGUGGUUAACCGCCUUGCUAAAUAUGGAAAUCAGUUAGUUUUACCAUAUAGGCAGGAUCCGUAUUAUAUGCGGGAGCAUAAGGUUACUGGUGAGUUGGGGCAAAUUCUCUUUUUCCCGUUCUAUUUGAAAGAUGAGGAGUCUAUCAGGCGUACUUUAAAAUAUAGCAAUAUUGUCGUAAAUUUAAUUGGUACGAGGUACCAAACAUCAAAUUUCUCGUUUGCUGACACUCAUGUUGAUGGUGCUAGGAGGCUCGCCCGCAUUGCUCGUGAAAUGGGUGUUGAAAGGUUCAUUCAUCUAUCUGCUCUGAGUGCCUCUACUAAUCCACCACCUGGAAUAUUAAAAAAAGGUUCUGAGUUUUUGCGCACUAAAGCUUACGGUGAGCAGGCUGUGCGAGAGGAAUUCCCAUCAGCCACAAUCAUCCGUCCAGCUAUAAUGUACGGCGAAAAAGAUUAUUUCAUUUCUAAUUACGUUACCCGCUGGCGUAAGAAUGGUUUGGAUCAAGUAUACCUCUACAAAGCUGGAGAAAAAACGUUGAAGAUGCCAAUUUGGUUUGGUGACGUUGUCACAGGAAUUGAAAAGGUGGUUCACGACUCAACAACUGCGGGAAAGACAUAUGAGUUUUUUGGCCCUCAUUGUUACCAGCUUUCCGAGUUGAUAGAUUUCAUGUAUAAAAAAGCUCAUUGCUUAGAAAAGUUUGGUUAUUUUUACAAACGACAUGGGAAUAUUUUGAGCCCAUGGUUUUGGACUCAGGUGGUUGGUUGCGAGCUGUAUUCUAAAAUUUUUAAAUGCCCUACGCCCCUUAUGCUCGAGUGGAUUCAGUAUGUAGAAUGCACAAAUGAUGUUUUGACUGGAGCGCCUACUUUAGCAGAUCUAGGAGUUCACAGGCUUGUCGAGUUUGAAUUUAAUGGCGGGAAAUUCGCUAACUUUUUUAGAUCUUUUCACCCCUAUUAUGAAGAAAGGUACGGAGAGCUUGAACCGCCAAGACUCCCAAUCCGUUCCCAACCUUUGUAUGCGCCUGGCACGGACGACUCAGCAACACAUGAUAAGACUGUAUCUUCUACAAAACUUGAAGCUGCUACAUAA